AAAAGAACUGUCUCGUCGUCGUCGUAGCUGUCGCAUUCGAUCCCGUCAGCUGAAAGUUUUUUGCAAGUUUUACACCAUUUUCGGACUUUUAACGUGCCAAAACUAGUGCCAAACUGAUCCCCACUUUCCAAUCGACCGCUUGCGGGUGGAGUUUCCCGGUUUCAGCAGGAUGAAAGCCGAUAAAAGUCGAUUUUCCCAAGUGACUUCUCGUUUCGUGAUGGAAAAAAUAAUGCAGCAACAAGAGGAAGAAGAAGACAAAUUCCAACAGCAAGCGAAUGGAAAGUAUCAUCAUCAAAAGCAGCAGCAGCAGCAGAAGUAGGGAAGACGAGAAGGUUGCGGGGAAUCAUAAACAACAAAGAGUUCCGACAAACCUCAGUGCCGAGCCGCUCUAGAAUAAGAAGAAGAGCAGGAACAUCGACGGCAGCAAGAAGACCGUGCUCCUCUACAAAUAAACAGAAGAAGGAAAAUGAAAUGAUACGAUUCUUGAGCAGAGAAUCAACGUUAAUCGAAAGUGAUAAUCAAUUACACAUGAAACAAAAUAGAAUUUUGGAAUCACAAGCAACGAAAAAAAUGGCUUCCAAUCGACGCAAACAGUAUUACUAUUAUUACCUGCUGAUGACGGCAGCAGCAGCGGCGACUCUUUUUGGAUGUCGGCAGGUCGCCGCUUCCUCGUCCCCUGCCACCAAUCAUAUCUUUGUAAAUAACAUAGUUCCUUUGAUAAGUAAUCUAAGUGGUAGUGUGAUAAGUUCCGAUAACGACAGCAGCAGCAGCAGUAAAGUGCCUUCCUCCCAGUCAUCGACCGGACCGGUGUUCCCAUUCGGGGUGGUGGCGGCACCACCACUGGCACCGGUUAUUCAGCAGCAGCAUCCGGGUCAGCAAGAUCGAGACUAUAGCAUUCAGGAGCUGACGAAGCUUCUUGAGAUGAAGCUGAAGCGGAUACGCAACCAGGAGCUCGAUGUUCCUGUUGUGCAGGAAUUGUAUGACACUAUGGAGUUCACCUCCAUCAUUCGCAAUGACGUAGACGAGCUGGACAAAAUGACCAAGAAAUUGUCAGCCAAGUUUGAGCAAUCAUCCGCCGUUAUAGAUCGACUGCAGGCAUUCAUCUAUGAUGCGAUAACUCGUCAAGGUGCCAAAUACAACACCCUGAUCAAUCCGUGCCCAUACAGUGAAAUGUUGAACCCAUGGGAUGACGAACCGCAGUUUGAUCUGCAGAACUUCAUUCAAAACACCAAACUGAUGAAUUCAACCGCUUCACUGAAGCAGUUUUCCAGUGAUUCGGGAUUUCUGGACUUUUCCGCCUUUCCAGCUAGUCCCGACGAUCGCCCGAGGAUACGAAUCAAUGAUCAGACCGUGGAGGAUAACAACCAAAAUCUGCAGAAACGAUUUGUGGACCAAAUCGCGCACUUGCACGGAAACUUUUACAACCUAAAGCAGCUCUUCUACCUGUCUCCACUGGAUCAAGCUAGUGCAUUCAAAUGUCACUAUCAUCCAAAGGAUGGUCGACUAAAGUCACUGUAUCUGUCCUCUGUGAGGAACAAGCACUUCAUGAUUCUGCUAGACAUUGGAAAUUCGGUCAGUUAUGACCAACUGGAAGUCGCAAAAGCCAUCGUGAAGUUCAUAAUCUACCUUCUCAAUGAGAACGAUAGGGUAGCGAUUGUAGCCGUCAGUCAAAAAUUGACCACGACAGAAAACUUUCUCGAUUGCACCAAUGGACCGUUUGUGAACGCCACCAUGGACAACAAGGACCGACUGGUGGAUUUUGUCGAUUCCCUGAACAAAACGGCUUCGGCGGCCGCGCACGUUUCUGCGUUUAAAUACGCGUUCAAAGCAAUCGGAGAAGCCUACCAAGGAGUGUCCACGGAACUUCCGGUAGUGUUCCUCUACCUUGGUAGGGCACAAAUUUCCCCCAUCACUGCCGCCGCAAAGGCUCUCAUCAGAACGAUCGCUGACGGCCAGUCGAGGCUGCCUUUUCCAGUGAUCAUCAACACGUGCCUGAUCCUGCUGGACGAACGAGAGAUCACGUACGAGAAGCAGUUCAUUGCCGACGUAACAACGCAAAAUUUUGCAAAGUACAAUCUGAGCGGAGUAUUUUUCAAGCCGCGAGCUGGCAAGAUGGUGAUGAUCUCCAAGCACAGCUUCGAUGCUCAGCGAUUCGUGAUAGCACUGAUGGAACCAUUCUUGAACGAUUUGAAGCUUAUCGAGAACCGGAUUCGGAUUCACUUGCCCUACCACGAGGCGAUGACGCACGAUACGCUGGUAACGCUGUCGAUUCCGGUUGGGAUUCACGGUCUCAUGGGAAUCGAUUUGUACUUGAGUGAUCUAGCGGAGGAUGUAUCGUACUACAAGCAGGAUGAUGAAUCGUACGCGUUCGUGAUUGAUUUGAAGGGGAAUACCAUUAUGCAUCCUUCGUUCCCUCGACCGCUGGCAGCUAGAGAGAGCUUCUUCAUCACUAACAUUACACGAUUGGAGAGGAAGCUCGGGAUUGUCGAAUACCUAAAGAUUCUGUCGCUAGAAAAGGGCAACUUCACGAUCCAAGACGCUAACUCCAACCAAAGCACAGUUUAUCUGUGGAAGCGUGCCAGAUUCUACAUCAUCUGCAUUGUCCGAACCAUCAACUUGGACCGCAGUCCAAACAUUCUGCUCAACGGUGCUAGCUCUCGGUUUACUCCAGCGCAACAGAUGCAGUAUUACCACUCGCGAUCGAGUCUGGAUUACAGCUUUAUCAGCAGUAACGGGGUCAGCAGUCGUAACCUGUUGUCGGAACUGAUUUACCAUCGCAUCGAUAUCUAUCCGGCCCAUCUACAAAGACCUCAACCAAGCAUAUCGAUGAACUCGAUCAACGGUGAUCAACUGGCAGCUGAAUCACCGCGAGUCUGCCGGCUGAUGAAACAGCUAGCCCUGGCGGACGAUUCUACACUUUACCUGAGCUCAUCCUCGUUUCAAUCUCCAUACGCUCACAUCCGCAACAAUCGUGACGGUUCUAACGAAGACGACAACGUGCGGACCAUUCAGAACAUCAUGGCUUACCUGAAAGAUACCACAUCACUGUUUGCAAACCCUGGGCUGCUUCCAGAAGUUCGAAGCGAUGUUCUUGCCCUGCUCAAAGUCAUUUCGAACUACCGCCGGAAGCACGACGAAAGCAAGCUCAGCAAGUACAUCAUCCGACGGUACGCCGCCACCGUCAACGGAGUGCUCGAAUCGUACCCGGGAGGCCUGCUCGACACCGACAUCGAACCAACGAAGCGUCCCUGGUUCGUCAAAGCCAUGGAGCAUCCGGGAAAGAUUGUCGUUACGAAACCGUACCUGGAUGCCGGUGGAGCCGGAUACAUCGUCAGCGUUUCGUACACGAUCUUCGAGGGAAUCGCCGAUGCGCUGCACAACACCGAAAACGACAAACCGAUCGUGGUGGUUUCGUUGGAUCUUACGCAAGGAUUCUUCUACAAGAUGCUGAUGGAAUCGUCCAGCACCUGCAACGCCGAGAACAUCAAGUGCUUCCUGAUGGACGAUCGAGGCUACCUGAUCGCACAUCCCAAGCUGAUUGAACCAGCCAUCAACAACAACCGCCGCAUGCUGGAACACAUCACCCACAAGGAGUCCCAGGUGGCGAACGACAUCCUGAACCACAAGCAGCUCGUGACGAAGAAGAUGUGCUUCAACUACGUGAACCGAACCGUGCAACGGUUUUACCAGUUCAACAUGUCGCUGGCGGAAGUGGUGACGAACCUGAUGUACGGCGAGAAGACCAAGUACCAGAUCAUGCUGAUACCGGGCACGAACCUGUUCAUCGGUGUGGUCAACUCGACGAACGACGGGGGCGCGUUCUGUCCGUGCAGCACGGUCGGCAACUCGUGCCUCAACUGCAACCGGAUGGAGCAAACCGAGUGCGAAUGUCCGUGCGAGUGCCCGCUGGAGUACUACGACGAGGAAUCGCGAUCCGGAAGUGGUUGUUCGAGUAGCCCUAGCUCGGACUCGCGCAGAUCGCGUCAACCGCGGCCGGAAUCGAUCCCGCUGUGCUCUCCGCUUCCGGAGGAGCUCAUCUCGAUGAACGCGCUCAACUUUGAAAGCGAGUACGACCUGAAGAGCUGUUCCAGCAUCAACUGCGAGGACUACACGACCCAGGGGGAGUGCUUGGGCCUCGUCGGUUGUGAGUGGUGCCAGGUGGACAUCGACGGUGAGAACACCUUGAAUACUCCGUUUUGUACGUCGCAGUUGACGUGCUUCAACGGAGUGUUUGGGUCGGCUACACCGUACGGGGACGUGAUGAGUAACAACAUCAUGGAGUCGGUACUGCCUCCGGCGUACAGCGCGAUUGGACCGGUUGCCGGAGCCAUUUUGGCGCUAUGUCUGGUCGUUGGGUUCGCGAUGUAUUGCUACCGGCAAAACAGUGCGGAAGCCUCCGAUCAGCUGUACGAUGAUCUGGUUGCGGAUCACUGUAACGGACUGCCUCUGUCCCGGUUUGACAUUGAGGAUCACAGUCCUCCGGACGAUUGCGACAUCAGUCGAACGAACGCCAAGCAGAACCUGCUCAUGAACAACCAGAACAACGCCAACUAUAUGAUCUUCCCGAGCGUAACGUCCCCGUACCAGAUGUCUUCCAACUAUCGCCGACCGAACGCCGGUUCGUCCGAUCACGGCUACUCGACCAUGACCCACCACGAGGAAUCGGAACACCUGUGCCUGUCCAACGCGGAACCAGUGGCACCGAACGCUUCCACCGGCAAGCGUCUCUCGAUGUCCGACUCGGCCUCGAUCAACACGUCGGUGUCGAGUCCGUACAGCAAUCACCAGAACUUCCUGUCACACAACGGUAAGCUCAAGCCUACUGGGAUCGGCGGUGACAGCGAGGAACAGCAAAAGCUGUACGAUCCCUCGCAAACCGUGCUGCCCUCGCCGAGUUCGGUGUCCCGGACGGGACACCACAUCCUCGUGCCGGUCACCGUCCACCGGAACAUGGACGUUUCCUAACGAACAGUGCUAGGCUACUUAUAAAGAACUCUAUAUAGAUGUUUAUAUUCGAUUUAUACAGUACGGUAAGAACUCGCGAAGAAGACUACGUUCUAACAGUGCUAGUGGGUAAAUGUUAGCAUGUAACUAAUCCUCUCCUCCCUCGAUAGUUGUAUGUAAAUGUGUACCUUAACAACCCAGAGAUUUCCGCUGUAACCGUUCCUGUUGACCAUCACGCGCUCGUCUGUUAAAUGUAGAACCCCGUUUGCGUGACCAAUCCCCGUGAUUACAACUGUUAGGAAUAUCCCACUUAAAGAUUUCAAACACUCGCAUUGUUACACCCAAUUUAACGUAACCUUACUGUGCAGAACUUCCCCGAUUUGAGCACCUUAUAGAUUCCGGUAAAGUUAGGAAAUUUGCGAUAUGGAAAUUCAUCGUAUUAUUAAGCUUUAAAUCCCGACUUCCAACAUGUGAAGCACGAUGUUCAAUAACCUCAGUUUGACAGUUGGUUUCUCGCUUUAACCGCGAUGGCUUGACACUGAUUGCUGUCAAACUACCAGGGUCCAUUUUGAGGUUGAGAUCUGUUUUACACGGCGCUCACAUCAGGGAUGCCAGAUAUACAGAUUUGUCUGUGUUUCACAGACAUUUGAGCUCGUGUCAGACAUUUUUUGAGGUGCACAGACUGUUUAAAAACUUCAUUAAAUUGUUAUUUUGUAAAAAUAUCAAUCAAAAAUUAUUUCGUUAGUCUUCAAAUGCUUAAAAACACAUUUUUUGAUGGAUUUAUAUGACUGUAAAUUGAUAUAUUUGAAUUUUAGACAAAGGCACAGACAUACACAGACUUUUUCACAGACAUUUUAAAAAAUCAUGUGGCAUCCCUGGCUCACAUACACUAUCAAACUAUUGUUUAGUGUUUCGGUGUGAGUGAGCGCCGUAUAAAAGUGACAAUUCUACGCUUUUUACUUUACAUAGAGCGAACUCGAAUCUUGUCAAACUGAUAUUUACAUUUCAAACCCAUCAAUCAUCGAUUUACGACCACACGGUUACUAAAGCUUGACAGCAGUCAGUUAUUUCAAUAAAUCUGAACAUUUCCGAUGAAUUUCCACUACGCUAAUCUCUAAAAUAAAAAAAAUAAAAACGCAACCAGAACCAGUCACGCCCUCCCAUCCACGUCCCCCUUAAAUUAACCAACUUUCUAAUAACUGUUGACUGAUUGUUAAAACAAAAUAUUGACUAAAAUAGGCAUUUACUAAAUAUUUAGGCUAAACUAAAUCUUUUUUCAAGCGCGGCUAUUGCCUCCGAAACCAUUAAUGAACCAACACACAAACUCGUAAUGUUGCAAACUAACAAAAUAAAUCACACGCCAUUUUAAGAGAUUUUGAGUGAACAAACCAAGCCAACUACCAACCACUGCUAACGAAACGCAAUUUAUAAAAAAAUAUAUCAGAAAAAUGUAAGACAACCCGCUAAAUGUGCUAAACGGAACUGUGUAGAUAUUUUACUGUGAAAGUUUAAAUGCAAAAGAAAAAAUACAAUUUAUACCAAUCCAUUUAACAAAAGUCUUUUUUGCGUAAAGAAAAAUAAAGCAUUUCAAUGCAUUUGAGACCAAUCCUGCAAAAA